CACGCAAUCUCCGCCUUCCCGUUGAAUUUAUUCCGGUGCCGGAGAAAUGGAAAACGGCGCUCAGCAAACACCGUCCACCACUAUGCCACCAUCACCUCCGAUGCCAAAAGUCGGCGUAGCGGUGUUUCUUUUAAAAGGAAGUAAAGUUCUGUUGGGGAAACGCCUCUCCGCCGUCGGCCAUAGCACCUUUGCACUUCCCGGCGGCCACCUGGAGUUCGGGGAAAGUUUUGAAGAGUGUGCAACGAGGGAGGUGAAGGAGGAAACAGGAUUGAUUAUUGAUAAAACCGAGUAUCUAACGGUGACUAACAAUGUGAUCUCAGAGAAAGUUCACACCGUUUGCGUAUUCAUCAGAGCAGUCCCUGCUGAUGUUAACCAGAAGCCUGAAACACUUGAACCUGAUAAAUGUGCUGGUUGGGAUUGGUAUGAAUGGAACAAUCUCCCUAAACCACUCUUUGGUCCUUUAGAAGAUAUGGUCCAAAGUGGAUUCAAUCCUUUUCCAACUACUUUAUAGUUAACUGUUUUGCUAAGUAUUUAGGAUUCGAUGUUGCUAGGUUUGAUCACGAGUUCGAGCUAUGGAAUCAAUCCUUGAUGUUUGUGUUA